AUGUCUUAUCAAAUCGACAAGUGCAAAAUUCAUAAUCGCGACAAACUAUAUAUAAAUUUAGAGAAGGACACUAAAGAAUACAUGUAAACAGAAUGUCUCUAUUGUAUGAAAAAGGAUUCAAUUAGAAUAGAAGAAAUAAUGCUGAAAUUCAAAUAAAUGAUAUCUACGCAAUCAAAAGUAAUUCAGAAUCAAUAGAUUAUGGUUGUCUUGUAACAAAUUAUGCAGUCAUCAAAUUUAGCAUUACAAUCAUUCCAAUAAAUGCAUAAAACAAUUUAAGACCAACAUGACAAGUGGUAAAAAAUACAUUCAUAAUUCGAACAGAUUUAGAAACUGUCAAAAUCUACUUAUUAUAACCAAGAAGAAUUGUCCUAAAUUGUAGAAUUAACUUUGAAUUCAAAUCUUACUAAUGUACCAAGUUUUGCAUUAGGUUAACUAGAUAGUUUUCAAAAACUAACUAUUAAACUUCGAUAAAUCAAUGAAAUUUUGCAGUCAAAUCCUCAAAUAGCGAAGGUGAUUCCCCAAUUAACAGCAAAGUAGGAAGAAUAAUAACUAUUAUAACCGAAAAACAAAGGUGGUACUGAUUAAAGAAAGGAUUUCGAACAAUUAUCUUAAUUUUAAACCAAUAUCACUGUGUACGCAAUUGCUUUUAGUUUUGACAAUUCUAAAAUAGUAAUUGGAGGAGGAAAUUAUAAUUAAAGUUAAAAUAAAAAUUUGAUGGUUUUGAGUUUAUCUGGCGACAGUAAAUUGUAGAGUGAAACCAUUUUAUACGGUCACUCUAAGAGAGUUACAGCAAUUUGUUAUAGCAAGUAGGAGCAUUUUUUUGUUUCUGGAAGUCUAGAUACUACAUUGAGAUUGUGGAGAUAUGAAAUCAAAAAUCAGAAUUGGGACUGCAUUAAACAAUUGAAUAAACACACUUCAACAGUAUUUGGAUUAGCCAUAAAUAAUAAUGAUAAUCUGAUAAUAUCAUGUGGUCACGAUUCUAAAAUAUUUAUUUGGAAAAAUAUCAAUCAAAAUUGGUAGGAAUCUCAGACUAUAUCUGAACAUAUUGCUGCUGUUAAUAGUAUAAGUUUAUCAGAGGAUAAUACUUUAUUAGCAUCAGGAAGUGAAGAUACUAAAGUAUAUAUUUGGAAAAAUGAUAAUGAUGUGUUUAGUAAGAUAAGUCAAAUAGAGGUCCCUUGCUCAAGUUUUAUUUAUUCUGUUCAUUUCAUAAAAUAGAAUUCACUUAUAGUGGGUACAUACGAUGGCAACAUAUCUCUUUGGUAGAUUAACGAAAACUAGUAUCAAUUGUGUUUUGAAAACAAUCCAAAAUUUGGAUAUAUCAAGAAAAUAGUGUAUAAUUAGAAUCAAUCUUUGAUGAUUACCAAAUGUGAACAUAGAACUAUUAUUUGGAAAAUUAUUGACAACAAUAAAAUUGAGCAGAUUAAAGAUCAGGAAGGUGAAUAUUUAGGAAUAGGAUUAUCAUAAGGUCCAUCAAUAAUUGCAAUGUUUAAUUGUGAAAAAAAGGUCUUAGAAUUGCUUUAAUGUAAUAUAUGA